CCAUCCAGGUCUGGCAUUCUUUGAGUCAGAGGCUGCCAGAGGGGCGUGCUCGCAGAAAGUCAGUCCUUUCACACCAGCAGGGACACCGUUCAGCUGCCGAGAUUCACCAUGGCUUCAUCUCUGCACCGCACACCCGUUUUGUUGCGUUUUAUUCACUUGUCGUUACUGCUUGCUGGUGUUUUAUGCGACCUUGAAGCAGAAGAAGAUGAACAUGCCAAGCACACGUACACGGUGGAUAUGUUCAACGAGGCGGUGCCCACUGCACCCCACUUUGUCAUGUUUUACGCUCCAUGGUGCGGCCAUUGCCAGAGGCUACAGCCGACGUGGAACGAGCUGGCAGAGAAAUACAACAGCAUGGACGACCCCCCGGUGUAUGUGGUAAAAGUAGACUGUGUCCAGGACACCAAAUUUUGCUCCAAUGACCACAGCGUUAGAGGCUACCCUACGCUUAAGUUGUUUAAGCCCGACCAGGAAGCAGUGAAGUACCAGGGCCCCAGAGAUCUGCAGUCUCUGGAGACCUGGAUGCUGAAGACUCUCCAAGAGGAGCCUUCGGAACCAGAGAGUGAACUGGAGCCUCCUAAAGCCCCAGAGCCCAAACAGGGAAUGUAUGAGCUCACCGCCCUCAAUUUCAAGACCCACAUAGCCAAAGGCGCCCACUUUAUCAAGUUCUUUGCACCUUGGUGUGGUCACUGCAAAGCCAUGGCCCCAACAUGGGAACAGCUGGCCACCACCUUUGAGCACUCUGACGAUGUGAAGAUAGGAAAGGUGGACUGUACUCAGCACUACGAGGUGUGUUCUGAGAAUGGUGUGAGGGGAUAUCCCACACUGCUCUUCUUUUACAAUGGAGAAAAGACAGAACAGUACAAAGGAAAGAGAGACCUGGACUCCUUCAAAGACUUUUUGGACAACCAGCUGAAGGCUGCACUCACCGAGGAGGAAAAGCAGGAGGAGCAGAAGGAGGAACCAAAGGCAAAUGAGAUCCCUGCUGAAGAGCCAGCUGAAGAGGAAGCAAAGUCCAGUGUUUUGAUCCUGAAUGAGGACAACUUUGAGGAGACUGUAGCCAAAGGAUUCACCUUCGUCAAAUUCUACGCUCCAUGGUGUGGUCACUGUAAGAAUCUCGCUCCAACAUGGGAAGAUCUUUCCAAGAAGGAAUUUCCUGGUUUUACUGAUGUCAAGAUUGCUAAAGUGGACUGCACUGUUCAGCGCACACUCUGCAACAAGUACUCUGUGCGCGGUUACCCCACCUUGAUCAUCUUCAGAGCAGGGGAGCAGGGUGAUGAGCAUCACGGUGGGCGGGAUUUGGAGAGCCUGCACGACUUUGUGAUGAAGCAGGCACGAGACGAGCUGUAGAUACAGGCUAGUCGGCGCUCUCUCUCCACAACUCUACUCGCUCACACUGCAUAUCUGGCCAAUAGGACACCACCCUCUCUCCUACAAAAGCCAGACCCCUACUCUCCCACUACUCAGUCAGUCAUCCAAUGACAGGCUGGCGCAUUCAUCUUUUUUUGGUAUUCAAGUGCAAAAUCAUUCGGUAAGAGUGUUUGGAAGGUGAUCGUACUUCUCAUUGCUCUUGCUCAACCUUAAACCACGUGGCGACUGGUUGGGCCUGAAGAUGAAGUAAUAUGUGCGACAACCACUUUGCAAGCUCUGCUCAGAACCAGAACUCUUCACAAGAAUACAAUUUUAUUGUAUUCUUUUUUAUUUUAUUAAGAAAUGUUAAAACAGUGGCACUAAAGUUUCUACCUGUUUGUUUUUUAAAUCAAGUGUUUCUGACGUCUCUGCCAUUUGACUUCUUUUUUCCCCGAUGCUAAUUUGUGUACAUGAAUUUUUUUAUUUUUAUUUUUUAUUUUUUUGAAAUCGUAAGCCAUUAGUUUUCUAUUACUGUCACUCAUGAGGCUGUAAAGGUUUGUGACUCUCCAAUGUGAAGCAGAGUGUUAAGUUGAGGGUGCUUCAUAGUCAUGCCAGUGAUGGCCUGUCUGACUUAACUCUCAGGGAAGAAACCACACAGACAGGGAUGUGAUGGAGAAGUCUGUGAUUUUACUGAAUCUGACAACUUUUUUUUUUCUUUCUUUUAAUCAAGAUUACCAGAUCCUGACUGAUUAUUUUAGUGUCAGUGAUCGACCAUCCCUUUCUACUCCUAGCAUUGGGAGUGUUAGGCCUGGACCAUGCUGCCCCAUCGCUCUGUUACUGAUCUUUUGUGUUACUGCUUCUGUUUGGACAAGCCAUCGUUGACGUGAAGUCUCCUUAACAUUAUUAGGAUGUAAAAACGUGAAUGUUUGUAUUCUUCAGGCCAGGUUUAUCCUUCCUAUGUUAGAAGGAUUUGGACACAGAAGGGUCGCUCAUCGUCAGCACUGAAAGGUCGAACUGCUGCUCAGGGUGAGCUCAACUCCCAUCGUAUCCACGUUCUCACCGUGAUUUCCAUCUAUUCUUACUGAAGCGACAGCCUAAGUUGAAAACACUGUAUCGGGAUGAUUUAGACCUUUGGACACCAGAGCCAUCGGCCUGAAUUAAAAUAGACGAUGAGGUUCUGAUUACAGUUAAUCAUUGAAGUGGGCUGGAACUGACAGCAUUAAAAUUCAACACAGAAAUAUCAUCCGAGGGAUUCGAAGGUGAAGCCUUAGUGAAAAAGCAUUUGCAGUGUUUCAGUGCACCUUUCUGCAAUUAACCGCAGUGUAAACUGCACCCACCUGUUAGGCAAAUGCUCUUUGACCCAGGUUAUGUGGAAAGCAUGUGUUGUGUGAAUGCAAGGCACCAUUUAUUGUUAAACCCAGGUACUCAAACAGUCUGAGACACAGCAGUUUUUUCUCAGUAAAAGUUUUUAUGGAUAGCACAUGGUCUAAGCAACUCCAGUGACAAAGUCAUGUUUUGUUUUUUUUUCCUUUUCAUGGGUUAGUUUGUGCACAACCCACAGAUUUUGUACAAAAGAGUGAAUAAUGGCAAAAUGUAACAUGAGAUUUCGUAAUAAAUUUUUCUCAAAAAUAA